AUGGGGGUUUCCAGUCGCAAACUGAGCAAGGAUGAAAGAAAAAGCUAUAGGGACGAGCAGCGACUGCUACAAGGUAGCCAGUACGUUAUGUGGUUCCAUUUUUGUUUAUUCGGAGAACGUGAUUAUAACGAUUUGCUAACUCUCCAUUCCAGACCUACAAGGGACCGCCGUGCAAUUCCUAUCCUGCCAGGCUCGAUCGCGAAGAAACAUGAGACGUUUAAGCCCACAAAUACCACCGGAGUCAAGCCAGGAACGCGGGUAAAUCAGUCUUCGUCGGUGCCGAGUCUUCCUUUCUCCAGACCCAAACCUUUGGAACUGGAUAGUUCUACGGUUAUACCUGAUUCAGAUGAAGAGUUUACUCCACCAAGAAAGCGAUUGAAACGAGAAUCCCCUGAAAUAAUUGAUCUUGAAGAGAAUGAGCCACCGUUGACCAUUCCAGAAACCUCCGAUACCAAUAUCAUAGCUGAAAAGUCUCCUUCACAAACCCCAGUUCAACCACAGAAAAGCAUACCCCAAACAACUUCAAAAUACGGGUGCAUCACGAAUCCGCGCCGAGAAUCCCCAGCUCCUGUGACUCCGAAGAGUAAACCAUGGACUGGUCGCAGAGCAGAUGCAUUCACUGAUUCAGAAGACGAGAAACCUAAAAAGCGAUCAAAACAAGAGCAAACAGAUGCCACCGGUAUUGGCUUCAAGGAUACGUCUACCGCUCAUAAUACACCCCGUGACCGAACAGUCCCUGCGGUAGUGGUGGAAGUUCCAGAUCCUGCAAUGAUACAGUAUUACCCAAAGGAAAUAGAGAAGAGAGUGAAUUGCCGUUCCUCCCAAAGCAAUGAUCGGCACAUUGAUGAUCUAAGGGAGAGCCCGGAUGAACUUCAAGGAAACAAGACCGUUCCGGAUACUUGGAAAGAGCACAGUAGCCUCAAAAGAGAAGUUUCACCAAGCAACAUUCGUCACACUAGGUUUACAGGCACCGCAGACCGGAAAGCCUCUCAGCAGCCAAUAGAGAAGAAAUCGAAAGGGAAGCAAUCACUAGUAACCUUUGACAUCAGUGUGUUUCGUUAUGGCGACUUCUCGGCAGAACCGGUGUCCCGAUUAGCUUACAAUACAGAGACUUCCAAGUUUCUUGUGAUUCCUGCUAGUGUUAAUGUAGGCUCUUCGAAGGCUCGGUCAUUCGACAUAUUGAGGGCGAACAAAAUGGAUUAUAGCGAAGUCAAUUGUGGCAAAAUUCGACUCUCUUUUCCAAGGUCGCAGAAACCAGGCACCGAAUCUGCUUAUAUUGAGUUUCCCAGUGAUCAAGAGAGAGAAAGAUUUUGGAGAUUUCUUCAAAAAAGAUCACCUUCUCUUAAGCGGCACUCAAGGAAAAGGGAGCAUAUGGAGAAGCUCUUUCUGGAGUCCGAACAGUUACAGAAGAAUGUAAUAACGAUGGAUAAACAAAAUCCCCAGAAAUACAGGACGACAGAUACUGAAAGCGAGAAGAAUACACAAAGUGUUUGGCCGAAACGAUUGAAACUGAGUGAUAACCUUAGAAAUGGUGACCAACCUCCUUCUAACCGCUCGAUUGAAAAGUUAAGCCACGCUCACCCAUCUCCGAGCCGUGCGGAAUCCUCUACAUCUAUUCCUAUUAAGACAUACCAAACUCCAACUCCUUUUCGAAAAACACGAUCAUUUUCGCGGAAACAAAAUGUUGAAAUCGAAAGUGACAAUGAAGACGAAACAAAUACGGGUGCUUCUAUCCUUGACAUGCCGGGUAAAAGGUGGCAGAAUCCUCUUGUAUACCCAGCAAUUGGUAAGAAGAAGGCUGAGGUGGGAGAACACGACUUAGACAGACUCAGACCGCAUGAAUUCUUAAACGACAAUCUCAUUGGGUUAUACAUUCGAUUUCUCGAGCAUCAUCUGGAACGCCAGCGCCCUGAUUUAGCGAGACGAAUAUAUUUCUUCAACUCCUAUUUUUUUGCGACCUUAACGAAUACCUCUAAAGGCCAGAGAGGAAUUAAUUAUCAGGGUGUUGAAAAAUGGACAAGGUCCUUUGACAUAUUCGCUUUUGAUUAUCUGGUUGUACCAAUAAAUGAGAAUGCCCAUUGGUACGUGGCAAUUAUCUGCAAUUUGCCAACCUUGCUUUUACCAAAGGUGGAUAAUCGCUCUGGUUCAGAAAGUAGCGGAAAAGGCGAGAUGCCAAAAAUACCGGGCGCUACGGAAACAAACGUUCUUGAAGUACCAUCUGAAGUUGGAAGAUCAAAGCCGGAUGUUGACCACUCACCUUCCGAUGCUACUAAGGAAAACCAGGUCCGAGAAUCAUUCACUUCUAUGACCCUGAAAGAUGAUUCAGAGCCUCAUUUUUCUGGCGAUGAUAAGGAAGUUGAGCAUCCAGAAAUCGAAGAAUGGCCGGACGAGGAUGAGAACCAAGUCUCCUACUUCCCUUACAAAAAGGAAGCAACAUUAUUGCUGGAGAAAGCUAUUGAGCCUGUAGCAGAUUCUCUCAAACCUUCGAGUGUGCCUGAACCAGAAGCUGCUUCCAAAACAUCCAAGGCCGCAAAGAAGCGUGGUAAAAAAGGUCGGAACCCGGGCGUUCGAUACGACGAAAGCCAGCCAGCCAUUAUUGUUUUUGAUUCGUUAAACUGCCCACGGCGCCCUACUAUUGGGAUCCUCCGGGAUUAUCUUGAGGAGGAAGCCAAAACAAAACGCUCAUUGACCAUUGACUCCAAAGGAAUAGUCGGAUUGAAUGCAAAACAGAUACCGCAUCAGCCGAACUUCUCUGACUGUGGGUUAUAUCUACUCGCAUAUCUUGAGAAAUUCGUGCGGGAUCCAGACCAUUUCGUGAGAUCUGUGCUUCGCAAGGAAAUGAACAAAAAUAAGGAUUGGCCGGCCAUGAAACCAGGUUUAUUUCGGUCUCGCUUACGCAAGUUUCUCUGUCAGCUUUAUGAGGAGCAACAGGCACUGAAGGAUGGAAAGCUGGGAGAAAACCAACCGCUUAUGGCUGAUGCAAAGUCUUUGAAUAUUCUCCUGGUCAAUACCCCGGUAGAAGGUAGCCUUGCUACUAAUGAGGAUCGAAACGAGUCUGAUGUACCCAAAGCCUCCCCAAAGCCAGCAGCCAAACACGCUGGUUUAAACCUUCCGGUGACACCUACUCGUUCAUCACCUCGCCGCCUCAGAAGCGAGAAAGCAUCCCCUAUAUCUAACUCUCUGAAGACCCCGAAGACACCAGUAGCUAGCACUGUUCCUUCAUCCAGUGAUCUUAUGCUCCUAAGUUUGUCUGAUGCUACCGCCAAGCAGGACAAGCUUGAUGAAACCGAAAAACCUAGCGAGGAAACCAUUCAAGUCCCUAUGACACCGCCUCCAAGGAAGCCAAAUGCUGCGGUUUCCAGUUCGACCUUUCCGUGA